CAGGGGCCAGUUUCGCAUUUGGCCCGGGUACAUUUUUUAAAUAAAAUAGACAUAUGUACUUUACAGGCAUAUAUAUUCAACUGGUUAUUUAUGAUGUUUAUAGAACUAAGGAUUCCUGCGUACGAGUGAUUAUUGUGUAAAAUAAAUAUGUGCACGUAUCGAUUUUCCUAGCUCCAUGUAGACGGCCGGGUCUAAAACUUUACCUGAGGUAACGGAAGUCAGACGAAUUGGAAAUGGUCCUCCAUCCAUCCAGCUUCAGCUCAAAUUUGCGGAAAAAGUAAACGGUUAUGUGAUACUUUUCUUCCCACCAUUAUUUUCGUCUGGCCACAUGCUUUAAAAAUAUGCAUGUGUUUUAGGUCAGUCAUUUGCAGAUAAUACGGUACAGGUCGCACAAGGAGUGCAUUUUGGGCCAUUUUUGUCUAAAAAUUUAGUGUCCUGAAACCUGCGUUUUACUCGUUUUUAUCACAGAAGAAACAGAAUCGGCAGACUGAAAAUGUCACAUAAUGAAGUGCUAUGUCUAUGCGAGACAUUCGCUCAAUAAUUGCCUUGAAUUUGUCGAAACUGGAUUUUUUAUGAUUUUUUUCGCACUGGUAUCAGCGCAGAGUUGUGGAGUUUUCAAAUUUACUGUCCCUUGCCCCCAUUACUAAAUCUAGUUGAUGGUAAUUGGUCGGACUGGUCGCAAUGGAGUAGUUGUGACGUUUCGUGUGAUACCGGGCUGCAAGUUAGGUCUCGGACUUGCACUAACCCCGAACCUGCCGGCGGUGGUCUUGAUUGUGUCGGUAACAGCACAGAGUCGAAAGGAUGUACGAAUAAACCAUGCCCAGUUCAUGGCGGUUGGAGCUCAUGGUUGUCAUGGGGAGCAUGUUCCAAGACAUGUGGCAUUGGCAUGCAGAACCGGGACCGAUUGUGUGACAACCCCCACCCUGAUCUAUUCGGUGACAAUUGUUAUGGAAUUCCAGUUGAAAGCAAAAUAUGCUUACCAGGAGCUUGUACUGACGGUGGUUGGUCUGACUGGAGCAGAUGGAGUGAUUGUUCUGAAAGCUGUGGUGGUGGUAUUCGUUCUAAAACUCGCACAUGUUCGAACCCAGCGCCAUCUGUGCUCGGAAAACAAUGUGAAGGGUCUUCCGAAACAUUCAGCCUCUGUAAUAAACAAACAUGCCCAGUAUAUCAUCAAUGAACAACUCCUCAGUUUACACAGAUUAUGAAUAAUUGUCGAUCAAACAGUAACUUUUAGAACAGCGACUAAGAUGUAUCCAAACAUGUUUCAAUCACCUUCAUGCGACGGAAAGGCUGGCAGCCACAUAUCUAACCGACAUGAUAUCUUUAAAGGAUUUUGUCGUUUAGCCCCAUUUUCAUGGGAUUACGGGUUUGUGGAUACAUUGUGUAAAUUUCUUCUAUUUCAGAUAAAAAGGUAUAUUUUCUUGCUGCUAGUGUGAAUAAAAAUGGUUCAGUUCUUGUAUUCUCAUCAGUUAUAAGCAAUUUCGGUAAUGGGUACAACGCUUCCACGGGGAGAUUUACAUGUAACAUUCCCGGUGUGUACUUCUUUGCUGCGACGCUUUCUAAAUCUUGGCAUAGUGCUUCCCGCAUGCGAUGUUACUUAUGUCUGAACUCACAAGCGAAAAUAGGAACUCAACAGUACCCGCAUUCCAGUGAUCGUUAUACUGACGCUUAUGAAUUUAGCAUAUCUGGGACAUUUCAUUUAUAUAGAAACGACGUGGUUGAUAUUUGCACGUGUGAAGGAACUGCGGCUCUUGAAAAGGAUAAGAGAACAUCUUUCACCGGAUUUCUUGUAACUGCAGAUAAUUGAUUAAUUAAACGGCGUUUAUUUUUCUA